AUGUUCAGAGUUUUAUUAUUUCUCUUAAGCUUUGCAAUAUGCUUGGGAUAUCCUAUUUCGCAAUCUUUUAGAGGAAGCGCUGAAAGUCAGAAAUCCUGGAUCUCAUAUUGGCUGAUGCUAGGGAUAAUCACUUAUUUUGAAACUUCAGUUCUCAGUCUUUUGCCUUUGUAAUCAAUAUCCAGAUUUUAUUUAUUUUUAUUAGUGAAGCCAAUAUUCUGCAUCUGGCUCAUGCACUCUAUAAUCAAAUAUGGCGUCUCAGCGCUUCACUUUUGGCUUCGCUGACUUCAUUCGAGUGCAUAUUUAAUUAUCUGGCAAGAUUUUGCACGCCUAGAAAUCAACGAUUAUGCUAGGAAAGCAAUUCUGGUAAUAUACAGAACCUAGUCCUUUCAGGUUUGGAUUUUACCUCUAGGGAAAAGGUGGAUUCAGAGUUGGAAAGGAAAAGCCCAGCAAAGGCUGCAGGCAAUUCUAGACUAUUCAGGUAGCUUCUUAGUGUUAAACUGGGAGUUACACACCCCAAGCUUGGAAUUUUUCCAUUUGCUGAUCGAUGGCCAGAAAUUCCAUUUUUUGGAAUUUUUGUGCGGUCAACCUUUGCUCGACCCAAUCAGCAUGCUGCAGAAGUCCGUAGCCUUCCCACUUAAUACUGGACGAGCACAAGGCAAGGAUAAAACGGAGACACAGAACCCUAUUCACAGAUGCCAAGGCGCGAGGUAGUGUAGAAGAUAAAAGGUAGUGUUUACUGUAACUCGCCCAGUGAGUCAUCUAGCUCGGAGAAGUUGCUUCCGCCAACGAUUCCUUGGUGGAUACAUUAACAACAGGCAACAGCCAAACCUACAAUGAGCUUAAGUUUAAGGCUCAUGCAUCCUAAGUACAGAGGAAUCAAUUUUAUUGAAAAUUCCUAUUUCCAGCUAGCCUUUGACCAAAUCCAACAAUUUGUGAAGCAAACUCCCCUAAAGUAAUCACAACUUAGAAUUUAUAUAGAAGAAGAAACAGUGAAAUAG